GCGGCAGCGGCGGCGGCACCAGGGGCAGCGGCUGCGGCAGUGCGAGCACCAGCCGGGGUGCGGGUGGCAGAGGCUCGGGCUGCCUCUUGUGCCUCCUCUCGCCAUCCCGCCCCGUCUCCUGCCCUCUCUCCUGACUGCCGGCUCGGGCUCACCUGGGCCGGGGUCGCGGGCCGAGGAGGGCGCGACGCACGCACGCUCUGUGGCGCAGGGGCACGCACGCCGGCGGGCAGCUGGGCAGCUCUGCAGCAGCGGGCAGCCUCGCAGCGGGCAGCCAGACGGGCAGCCGAGCCAGCGCGCGCGCCAUGCUGCGGCCGCUCCGCGCCCGCGCCCGCACCCGCGCCCGGCCCCGGCCCCGGCCCCGGCCCCGGCCGGCCCCCCAGCCCCGCCACGGCCGCCGCCGCGGCCCCUCGGGAGCCCUGUGGGCGCUGGCCAUCGCCCUGGCGCUCGGCCCGCCGCCGCCCGCCUCCCGGGGCGCCGAGGCGGCCGCCGUGUGGACCGCCUACCUGAACGUGUCGUGGCGGGCACGGGCCCCCGGGCUCAAUAGCACCGGCUGGGAGCUUAGCGAGGAGGGCGUGUACGGGCAGGACUCGCCGCUCGAGCCGGCCGCCGGCCUCGUGUUGCCCCCCGACGGGCCCGGGGCGCUCAACGCCUGCAGUCCGCACACCAACUUCACCGUGCCCGCCGCCGGUGUGCCCUGGCUGGCACUCAUCCAGCGGGGCGGUGGCUGCACGUUCGCGGACAAGAUCAACCUGGCCUUCGACAGGGGGGCCACUGGGGCCGUCAUCUACAACUUCGCGGGCACUCGCAACGACGUCUUCCCUAUGUCCCACCCCGGUGCAGGAGACAUUGUCUCAAUCAUGAUUGGCAAUCUGAAAGGCACCAAAAUUCUGCAGUCUAUUCAAAGAGGCAUACAAGUAACCAUGGUCAUUGAAGUAGGGAAGAAACACGGCCCCUGGAUGAAUCAUUAUUCGAUCUUCUUUGUCUCCGUGUCCUUCUUCAUCGUGACAGCUGCAACCGUGGGCUACUUUAUCUUCUAUUCGGCCCGAAGACUUCGGAAUGCCAGGGCUCAAAACCGCAAACAGAGACAACUGAAAGCGGAUGCUAAAAGAGCUAUUGGGAAGCUUCAGCUGCGGGCUCUGAAACAUGGAGACAAGGAAACUGGGCCUGAUGGAGACAGCUGUGCUGUGUGCAUUGAGAUAUUUAGACCAAAUGACAUCGUGCGCAUAUUAACAUGCAACCAUCUUUUCCAUAAGACCUGUAUUGACCCUUGGCUCUUGGAACACCGGACUUGCCCUAUGUGCAAAUGCGAUAUCCUCAAAGCUUUGGGGGUUGAGGCUGAUGUUGAAGCGGGAACCGUGUCGUUCCAAACCGCUGGAUCCAACCCUAACAUCAAUGGGUCGCCAGAAUCUUAUUCCCCUCGCGAAGAGGACAGCCACAGCGAGACUGCCUCUUCUGGGUAUGCUUCGGUCCAAGGUGCAGAUGAGCCACCUGUGGAGGAGCGUGCUCAGUCCCAGAAUGAUCAUCUUCGUCUAGUCAACCACGACGCAAGUUCUGUGGCAGUGGAUGUCCUUCCCCAGCUUGACAACCCCGCAUUUGAAGCAGAUGAGGCUCCCAUUCUUGAGGCUCCCAUUCAUCCAAUUAAGUCCUGAAAUGUGUAGCAGUGGAAAACGCAAACCUUUGGUUAAAGAUAGAAUUGCCAACCAGAGUCCAUUUUGCUAAUGACCUGGUUUAACAUAGCAGCAGGGAUACUGGAAAUGUUAAGAUUAUUUAAUAGAUCACGCUUAAAUGGCUCAUAAUAUUUAACCUAUUAAACUAUCUCAUUUUCCACCAGCUCAUGUUCACACUUCAUAGGUAAGAUUCCUCUCAACAGUAUGUGAUGGAGACUUGCAGUGUUCAAGAGAGCUUUCCAAAGGAUUGUUUUUGCAUUAGCGACAACUUUCUUGGCAAAAAGCUGGCGUUUAAAUGUGGAGCAGCUAAAAUGAUAUAACUUAUGGUAGCCCCUUGGCUUUAAUUAAAAAAGAAAUUCAUCAGAGACUAUAAAGAUAUCGGUUUUUCUCCAAAUGGUCCUUAUUGAUCUGAUCUUAAAAUCAAUGCAAGCACUAGAUAAAUAACUAUUUAACGAAAUGCCUGCUUUGGCCACGUUAAAUUCAUAGCCACAUAAAUUGAUUAAUUUUCAAAUUCAAGUUCAACUUCCAUUUGGUAAUUUCUGGUACUCAAAAGCAGGUGAAAUAGAAAUUCACAAGUCAAAUUUCUAUUACGAGACAUAAAUGAACUCACCAUCAGAAUCUGGAAGAAUCUGGCAUAUUAUUUACUAGUCAAAAUUUUACUAAAAGAAAAGACCCCUUAAGGGAAAAAAAUCCAAUCCAAUUCCACAAACAUUCAAUUCACAUACUGUGUACCCAUCCAAAACUUGACUUAGGAGAUUUUUUUUAAAAAGCACACUAUAUAAAUUGGCACAAAAUUUUAAAUAUGAGUGUAGGAGAGAAUGACAGUCUAGCUAUUGGUAUAUUAAUUUUAGUCUGCAAGUAUGAGUUUAUAAAAUGGCUUAUGGAGAGAGUGGUUCUUAGAGUCAAUUUGACUUCACUGAGUUGAAAUUGCGAGAUUGAAACUGAAAUUCUUUAAUGUAGCUAUAAGCUUGUUAGACCCAUUUUCUUGGAGUUUGGGGGAGAAUGGAGAGGACGUCAGGUGCCUUAAUAUAAAGUUUGCUUCAUCCACCAAAGCUAACUAGUGACUUUAAAAUGCACUUUAUUUUUAUUCUCUGUGGCUUAACUUUUACUUUAGAAUGUUUCGCUUGUUUUUUAACCCCAGUACUGACGCUUGCAGAACUUCACCAACGAACGUAUUUUGUUAGAUGUAUUUGAUAUGAAUGAAAUCAUCACAUUCUAACUUGAUAUUGUGAUUGAAGUACUGUAAAUACGUCCAUGAUUUGUAUUGACUUUCUUGGAAACUAAUGUAAAUAAGACAAUAAAAGU